UAAAGGCCCUAUUGGCGGGAAAAAUAGGGCAUGCGCAGUAUUUACCUCCCGUAGCAACAGAGUAUUUGACAACAAAUCACACCUCUCAUUUAUGGCCUCUUGUUUAUCACUCGGUUUAUUAUUUAAUUUGCCUGAUUUAUUGACUGGACCAUGUCUGAGAGUGAUGACCAAGAGGUCACCACCACCGAUACAAAGAAAAAUCCAUCAGUGGUGUCACUGGAACAAAACAACUCCAACGUAAACAUUGAGCCACUCGACGUCGAGACAGAUUCGUCACAGGCAGUUUAUCGAAUUCGUCCACAAUUAUCUGACAAAUUCAAACCUCAGCUGGUGAAGGAAUUGAUUCACGUGGUACUCCACGAUCAUUUGGCUACCAAGAAGUACUCUAUUGAGGAGGCCAACAAGUUGAGCAGGACAAUUGCUGAUUCCAUUAGAAUUAAAGUCAAAGAACUUCAUUAUCGACAGUACAAAUACGUAGUGAAUGUCGUUCUGGGGGAAUCCCGAGGAGCAGGAAUGAAGAUGGGGACAAGAUGUAUAUGGGACGCUGAGGCUGACAGCUACGCUCAUGGAAGUUUUAAAAACGAAACGAUCUUUUGUGUUGCGUGUGUUUACGCUGUAUUCUACUACUGAACCAAUUUUGAUAACAGACAUUAGUUGUGCAUGACGAGAACCCUCUAGUCUUAGUUGACGAAGUUAUUACGACUUAUUCAUCCCUAAGGACAAUUAUCAAGAAAAUAAGUAAUUUAAUUUGUUAGUGGAUAAAUUAGGGUUCGGUUGAUAAAUAAAAAGGAUAAUAAUUGAAGAGCUUUUGUGGUGCUCCAAAAA